AUGACCCACGGCGUGGCUAUCAUAAGCGCCCCCAACAUUGACAGCGAUGCCCAAGCUGGCGUGCCUAACCAGCAGCUUCUCUCGCCAAACCAUACAAGCUCAUCCUCGGAAACUUUAAUAGAAACAACGGAACCUCCAGUGAAAUUCGAAAUUCCGCAUGAUUGCCGCACCUUCGCACCUUUUGCCCGUCUGCCACCUGAGAUUCGGGCACAGAUAUGGCAAAGUACCCUAGAUACUCCCGGCAUGCACUUUCUCAAAAUCGAUACCGAUUGGCACCCAGCAACAGGAAUUGGAAGGUGGUGGAUCAAAGAAUCGCAUCUUCUUCAUAAUGUCUUUGAUGAAGAAGGCGAGAACAUCGACCCUAUUUUGCUUGAGGCCAAAAGGGAAAUUCGCCCAACCUCAAAGGUGCAUGCUACACUGAAACCUCUCUACCCCACUCCGCAAGCCGAUAUCUCCUACUACACCAACCUACAUCAGCAACUCGCAAGACUAUCGGUCACCUGUAAUGAAUCGGCGGCUAUUUCUCGAAGCCUCACUGACCGGCCUACUACGUUCCGCUUGGAUAGUGGCAGAAUUGUCAGCCUCAACACUUCCUCGGAUGUCAUCUAUCUUGAAUACGUCCCUCCUGAUAUCUACGAAGACAACAUACGCUUCUCCAAAGCUUUGAGUUGUUCAGGACUCGAUCAGAUCCGAAAGGUUGCCGUGAGAUACUGUCAUAAGUGGUAUGAGCGACAAUCAUCAAGGCGCUGUCCAAAUUGCGGCCAAAUCCACAAUGUCCCAGCUGGAAUCAGAUACCCCAAACACCUAUAUCGGUUCUUAGCACAGUAUCUUCCCAAUCUUGAGCAAUUUUACUUCGUCGAUUACCUCAUUCUACGCAAGUCUCCAGGAGUUGAAGAGCAGACUCUAGAGGAAAGCAAACAGUUUUCCAGGAACAUAAUGGCUAAGCCCGGGACAUGCAGAUUCGAGGGUGGAAACAGAAGCUAUUUCGAAGCGGAUGCACAAGACUGGAACGUCAAUUCCCGAGUAUUCAAGGUCAAAUCAUGGCUACAAGAACAAUUUGUCAAAUACGCCAAGGCAAGUAAACUGAGCAAGCACAAGAACCCAGAAAAGGUCAAGUUCGGUGUCUUGGCGUGCGAAUGGAACGUCGAACCACCCACAGAACCAAAAAAGGCCCCAGCAAUGCCAAUAAAGAAGGGUCGGAACAAGAGAGCUCAUAGCGAGGAGCGUCCGUUGUCCAGAGCCCGGCGAUUGUCGAUUCGGAGGGGAACAGGUUCCGUUACCGAGCGCCUGCCGUAUUCUUUGACGGCACGAUACCCAUUUGUUUUUGACGCGGGCGGUGGUAACAGGUUUGAAUUUACCUUUUCGAUGCCCCUACCAUGA